UCAUCAUACGCUGAAGUUCAAAGAUUGAGUCAGCAGAUUGGUUCAUCCAACCCGAGUACGAAUCUCCACAACCAGAAACUGAAAGGAAAGGUUGGUGAAUCAAGUUCCUCACUGAGUAAGGCUGAUCUAACUUUUGUUAAAGAAGGUUACUCAAUUGAUUCCAAGAAAGGUAAGCCAAACUCUCCUAAUGCACAACACAAAAAUUCUGGUAAGAACUUUGUACCCGUUUGUCACUAUUGUGGGAUUCACGGUCACAUUCGUCCCAAGUGUUAUAGAAUACAUAAUGAUAUAUAUACGGGUCAAAUUAAUGAUUGGAGUCCUUGUGGUGUUCCCUUGAAAGCACCUAAACUGAAAGACAUAGUAAAUCAUGAACAGAAAAAUAUUUGGGUUCCCAAGGAAAGUAAGAACGUAUGUCUGUCUUCUAUACUUGCCUUGAAAUCCACGUCUAACUCUGACUGGUACUUUGAUAGUGGAUGCUCUUGUCAUAUGACAGGUUUGAGGUCUAAUUUAACAAAUAUCAUGCAUGUUUCUUCUAGUUCAGUAACUUUUGGUGAUGGGGCAAAGAAUAAGGUUCUAGGGGUAGGAUGUUUGAAUGUUCCUG